UAUUAGGCGAUUUGUUUUGUCAAAAAUACUUUUAAGUCAAAACGAAACAUAUUUGACGAACAAAACAGCUUUUUUACUUUGUUUUUAAUAACUUCGUCUAAUUUUCCCCUCUGUUGUCGGGUUGCCAUGUUAACAGACAGUGAAGCUGAAGCUUCUUUUGCACCAUCUUUCGUUUAUUUAUUUUUUUUUAAGAUAAAAAACGGUGGAGGGACUUCAAUAGUUUAUUUUACAAAUGGAUUUCACUGGAAGCAGCUACAAAGGCUGUUUCAAAAAUGGCAGGAUGGAUGGAGGAGAGUACACGUUUGCCACUGGCACUAAGUAUGUGGGAGAAAUGAAGGAUGGGAUGUUUCAUGGCAAAGGAGUGUUGUUCUUCCCAAAUGGAAGUAAAUAUGAAGCCUGGUGGGAAAAUGGCAUAGCUAAACAGGGCUCAUUUACCUUUGCUGAUGGUCUUCAGUACCAGGAGAACAACUGGGAUUACUGUGAUGGUAACGACAGACGCUACUACACCGAAAGGUGCAACGGAGUCAGACCAGCAGGAGAAUCUCAGAUAACUAAUCUCCACCCACCACGAACCAUUCCUGAUGGAUGUUAUGACUGUGAAGACGGUUUCUAUGACCGUGUGACCAGAGUCAUCACUUCUUACUCUGGGAGAUUCCUCAGAAAUGCAGAUGACUCUGAACACGAGUGGAUCGUGAGGACUUGUCGGAAUGAGGUUGUUGCUGGAUCUGGUUCAUCUGGAUCAUCAGAUCCCGCAACCAGAUCUGAAGAGAGCUGAGCAAAAUGAUGUUUUAAACUUUACGAGCUAAAUAAAAAAAACAACAGA